AUGGACACCAGCCAGGACGCGUCCCUCUUCCUGAUGAAGAUCUUGGAAGAGCUGGACAGCAAGCAGAACACCGUCUCCUACCAGGAUCUGUGCAAGUCUCUGUGUGCCCGAUGCUCCCUGGCGCAGCUGGCCAAGCUGAGGAGCGUGCUCUUCUACACGGCCUGUCUGGACCCCAACUUCCCCGCCACGCUGUUCAAGGACAAGAUGAAGUGCACCGUGAACAACCAGCAGUCGAAGAAGAUCAUGGUGGCCGCGGACAUCGUGACCAUAUUCAACCUGAUCCAGAUGAACGGGGGUGCCGCCAAGGAGAAGCUGCCCGCCGGCCGGCACAAGGUGCGUAAGAAGGAGGCGUCAUUUGAGUCGUGCAGGUCGGACACGGAGGCCCGUGCCGCAGCCGAGUGCGAGCCCCUCGACUGUGAGCUGGGCGACAGGCCCUUCCGCCGGGGCUACGCCGCCCGCCAGUCGUCCCAGGGCCGCAAGGCAGACCACAAGGAACGCCCGCCGCAGUUCGUGCCCGCGUCCGAGCCUAACUUCCUGCUGGGCGUGGGCAGGGAGUUAAAGAGCCGUGCCGCCUCCCUGGACCGGCUGCAGGCCCUGGCGCCGUACUCCCUCGCCAGCCCCCAGCCCUGCGAGAUGCAGAGAACCUACUUCCCCAUGAACAUCGAGAGCGAGUCCGUCUCAGAUCAGGACUCGCUGCCCCUGAGCCAGGGUGCCAAGGACACCUUCCUCUCCAACACGGAGCCGUUUGUGAUCCAGUCCUGUGUCCAGAAGAGGAACAUCUUUAAAGAGGAAUUCCACAACCUGAUGGCCGUGAACCCCACGUUGGUCGGCCCCGCCGACAAGGGAGAGGCUGAGCUCGGGGAGCCCCAGCGCCGGAAGGAGCCCCACAAGACGCCCUUCUUCAAUCACAGCUUCGACAUGCCCUACAAUAGCCAGUACCUGAACCCCUUGUACUCUCCCGUGCCGGACAAAAGGCGUGCAAAGCACGAGAGCCUGGAUGACCUUCAAGCCUCCACGUAUUUUGGCCCCACUCCAGUGAAGGGCACGCAGGAAGCCAGGCGCUGCCCGGGGAGGCCGGGCAAGCAGACCCCCUGGCCGGCCAAAAGCUGGAGCCUGAACACGGAAGAAGCCCCUGACUUCGAACGGUCGUUUCUAAAUAGAAAUAGCUCUGAGGAGAAGCUGCGUUAUCCGAGCUCCAGCGGCCAGACCCCCAACUUCCCAACCCCAGACAGGCGCCCCGCUUACCCCGCGCCCAAGGACCAGCAGCAGAUCCUUCCCGUUGGCUACGUGGCCAAACCAAAUGGGCUCAAGUCUAAAGAGCUCUCGUCCCCUGUUGACGUGGAGAAGCACGAGCCAGUCAAAAAGUUCAGAGACAAGAGCAUGAGCUGCACCAGCGGGCAGCUCAGCUCAGACACCAGCAGCGUGGGCACCCAGACGGAGCAGCACGUGCUGGAGCCCAAGAAGUGCAAAGACCCGUGUGCCUCCGGGCAGAGCAAGUACGGUGACAGGCACGCCAUGAAGCAGUCCGACGACGACUCGGAGGUCGUCAGCGAUGACAUCAGCGACAUUUUCCGAUUUCUGGACGACAUGAGCGUCAGUGGCUCCACGGGGGUGAUGCAGUCCUCCUGCUACAACAGCACAGGGUCCCUGUCCCAGCUUCACAAGUCAGACUGUGACAGUUCACCGGAGCAGGGCUGCACCAACAUCGCCAACGGGCUCCCCGGUGGCAAAGGGGAAAAGGGCAACCGGCCUGAAAGCAGCCACCACUCCGAAGAGGAGUUGAAGACCAGUGUGUGCAGGCUGGUGCUCAGGAUCGGCGAAAUUGAGCGGAAGCUUGAGUCGCUGUCGGGUGUCCGCGAGGAGAUCUCGCAGGUCCUGGGCAAGCUCAACAAGCUGGACCAGAAAAUGCAGCAACCCGAGAAGGUGGGCGUGCAGGUCGACCUGAAUUCCUGGACGAGCGAGGCUCCGUCCGACGAGAGCGCCUCUCCCCGGAUGUUCCGUGGGCACGACGGCCCCCGGGGACCCAAACCGGAGAACGCGGCCGACUGGUGCUGCUCGGACGCCAGCGGAAGCAACAGCGAGAGCCUCCGCGUCAAGGCCUUAAAGAAGAGCCUGUUCACGAGGCCGUCGUCCAGGUCCCUGACGGAGGAGAACAGCGCCACGGAAUCCAAGAUCGCCAGCACCGCCAACUCGCCCAGAGACUGGCGCACCAUCACCUACGCCAGCCGCGUGGGCCUCGGGGAGGAGGAGCCCAGGGGCCGGGGCCCCGGGGACAGUAAGGACUGGCACCGGAAAUCCAAAGAGGCGGACGGGCCGUGCAGCGUCCCCCCGCAGCACCGAGGGCCCAAGCCGUGCAAGGACAGCCUCCUGGUGGAGCAGGUGUUCAGCCCGCACCCCUACGCCCCCUCCCUCCGGGCCCACGUGAAGAGCAGCCCCCUCUACACGGACAUGCGGCUGACCGAGCUGGCCGAGGUGAAGCGGGGCCAGCCCUCCUGGACCAUCGAGGAGUACGCGAGGAACGCGGGCGACAAGGGCAAGCUGGCGGCCCUGGACCUGCAGACGCAGGAAUCUUUAAACCCAAACAACUUAGAAUAUUGGAUGGAAGAUAUUUAUACUCCAGGCUACGACUCGUUACUGAAGCGUAAGGAAGCCGAGUUCAGACGAGCCAAGGUCUGCAAGAUCGCCGCUCUGGUCGCCGCGGCCACAUGCACGGUCAUCUUGGUCAUCGUGGUGCCCAUCUGCACGAUGAAAGCCUGA